ACUAUGGGUCAGGAGUACAGUGAUGCAAACAAGGAGUUGACGCUUCAGAAGAUCCAGGAACUCUACCGCAAGUUCACCAGCGAGUGUCCCAGUGGCAAGAUGCAUUUACACGAAUUCAAGAAGAUCUUUGGAGGCCACAGCGGCACCACAGAAGAAGAAUCUGCCUACAUGGAAAAUGUGUUUCAUUCCUUUGACACCAACAAGGACGGAAAGAUCGACUUCAUGGAAUACGUUGCAGCUGUGAAUCUCGUCUUACGUGGAAAACUCGAAGACAAACUAAAAUGGUCGUUUAAGGUUUAUGACCGAGACAAAAACGGUUGUUUGGACAGAGAUGAAAUAAGACAAGUGAUCACAAUCAUCUACAAGAUAAAGAAGCACCGGAAUCCAGACAUGACGGAGAACACGGAUUAUAUCUGUGAGAGGGUCUUUGAAGUGCUGGACAAAAAUGAAGACAGUCAGAUCUCUUUGGAGGAAUUCAUCGAGGGCGCAAAGAAGGAUCCGUGGGUGAUGGAUCAACUACAUCUGGACUUUAUACCUUGUGACUGGUUUAUUCAGCACCAGGAGAAGACUGACUGACUCCUGACACACAACUGGACCUGUCGUAAUAAACACAGAGAAAAUGUGGCUGGGAGAACCAUGACUCUGGGCCCACGAUGCAUGGACAGUUGUUGUCACCAAUUGAACCAUUGUCACAUCAGAAAGAUGUUCUGGCCAGUUCUCUGACAGAAUCUUCUGCUACACCUGCAUCUGUGUCAGCUGCAUCUGUGGGAGCAGUUCUUCAUGCUGAAGAGUUGAUCCGUAUGAAGGUCAAUCAAUGCAAUGAUCCUUCAAUUAGCAGAACUGGACCCGAUGCAGGGUUUGACACCAGAGCAUCGUGCUCUUGCCUCUGGUUUGUUUGAACGGAUCAUUUUGCCAUGAAACAUGUGCAGUGUCUCAUCUGCUAAAAUGUAUUUUAGUUAAAUGCUGCAUUUUUUAUGUUUAGAAAGAAAGCCUUUCUUGGUCAUUAUCACAAACAAUAUAACAACAAAAUUGGUCUUCUGCAUUUAACGCAUCCCCUGGGGGAGCAGUGGGCUGCCAUGCAAGCUGGUGAGAAGUGUCUUACUCAAGGACACACCUGUAGCCCAGGUGAACCUGGAACCUCCUGCUUCCCAGGCCAAUGUUCCACCCACUGAGCCACCAGGCCGCAUUAAGAUUUAAGGUCAAAAGGUCAAAUGUCAUGCAUAGAUUCUGACAAAACUCAUUUAUUAUUUUUGUUUUUUUACAAAAACAAGCCCAGACCUUAAAACUGAACUUGAAACUUAAUAUUAAUAAGUUGAUCAAAGCUUUUAAUACUUUUUAUGUUGAUUAAGGUGUUUUUUAUCUUGUCUGAACAUCUGAAGGUCUGACUUGUUGCAACAAUCAGAACCUGAACUUGCUGUGCUGUCUGUGCGUCUCCUGCUGUUGUCAUAUCACCAUGUGCCUGGUUUAAGCCCCGGAACGUCUUUGUUCCUGCAGCUUGUGUCCUUUCACUUGACUACUGUUCUGCAGAGUGACAGCGUGGACGCUAGUUGUUUUAUAUCUGCUGUUGAUACACAUGAAACCCAUAUUUUGCUGUCUUCAUCUGAGAAUAAACCAAAGCAGCCAGUACUGCCUUGUUGUUUGCACUGCUCGCCAUAUGUCACUACUUUACACCACAGCUCUACGACUGGAUU